AUGUCCGCCACCGAGCGUCGGCAGCGGAUCAUGCGUCGUAUUCAUACGCUACAAUCCGAAGACACCGGAUAUAGUAAUGAAGCGGACUCGCGACGCAGUAGCACGGCUUCGGUGAAAGAUGAAGCAUCGGCACCUCCAUCCGCUUCAAUUAAUCCAAACUUGUUGUUUGUGCCCGAUAUUAGAUCGCUCGGUUUGGAUCGUGGUGAAGUGCCACCGCAUAAAAGGGAUGCCAUUGAGAAAAUUCCAAUGCGAGCCAGAUCACAGAGUUGGUUGAUUCGAACGCGACAUCUUCUUCAUGAGGAGAGAGAACCACCACCACUUAUUUCUCAUAUGAUGCUCAUUUUCUCCUUUCUGCUCAUUCUUCUCUCAUUCCCCUGGUGUCUAUUCUUCUGUGUGAAAGUAGUCAAAGAAUAUCAAAGAGCUGUGAUCUUCCGGUUGGGUAGGCUUAUCAAGGGAGGAACAAAGGGUCCCGGCCUGUUCUUCGUGCUGCCAUGCAUCGAUACAAUGAAGAUAGUGGACCUUCGAGUACUUUCGUUCGAUGUUCCACCACAAGAAAUUCUGAGUAGAGACUCUGUGACAGUUUCUGUAGAAGCUGUUAUCUAUUUCCGAGUUUCCAAUCCAGUCAUCUCUGUUACAAAUGUCAAUGAUGCUCAGUUCAGUACACGUCUUCUAGCUCAAACCACUCUUCGAAAUGUUCUGGGUACCAAAACGCUCAGUGAAAUGCUCAGUGAACGUGAUGCCAUUGCCAGUAUAACAGAAAAGGUGCUCGACGAAGGAACCGAUCCAUGGGGUGUGAAAGUGGAGCGUGUCGAGAUUAAAGAUAUUCGCCUCCCACACCAACUUAUGAGAAGUAUGGCGGCAGAAGCAGAAGCUGUCAGAAAAGCUCGUGCGGCGAUCAUUGCGGCACAAGGAGAGAAGGAUGCUAGCGCAAACAAUACUAUUGUGAUGCCGUACCCGAUUGAAGUCGCCAAGCACUUCCUGAAGAAGUUCCAUCACAAAACUUGA